AACUCUCUCUCUCUCUCCCUCUCGCUUUCCCCCGCCGCGCGGCCGCUAAAACCCUAGCCACCACCCCCGCCGCCGGCGAGCGACGCGAACGGCGAACGCCAUGGACCACCACCAGCGGUGGCACCCCACGGUGAACGAGCGCGAGUUCAUCGAGCGCGCCCUCCAGUCCGACCUCCGCGUCGACGGCCGCCGCCCCUUCGACUUCCGCCGCCUCAAGAUCCUCUUCGGCAGGGAGGACGGCUCGGCGGAGGUGCAGCUCGGGGACACGCGCGUCAUGGGCUACGCCACGGCGCAGCUGGUGCAGCCGUACAAGGACAGGCCCAACGAGGGGACGCUCGCGAUAUUCACCGAGUUCUCGCCCAUGGCCGACCCCGCCUUCGAGCCGGGGCGGCCAGGGGAGUCGGCGAUCGAGCUCGGUCGCGUCGUCGAUCGCGGCCUAAGGGAGAGCCGAGCCGUCGAUAUGGAGUCCCUGUGUGUUGUUGCUGGGAAGCAUGUUUGGUCGGUGCGCGUCGACCUUCAUAUCUUGGAUAAUGGAGGGAAUCUCAUUGAUGCAGCUAACAUUGCCGCGCUGGCAGCUCUGUCUACUUUCCGGAGGCCUGAAUGUACGGUCGGAGGGGAAGAUGGUCAACAGGUUACAGUACAUGACCCUGAGGUAAGGGACCCACUCCCUUUGACAAUUCAUCAUCUCCCUAUUGCUGUGACAUUUGCAUAUUUUGGCGAGGGCAACAUCAUGGUUAUUGAUCCGACAUAUAAGGAAGAAGCUGUUAUGGGAGGACGAAUGACUGCUACAAUUAACUCAAACGGUGAUGUAUGUUCCAUCCAGAAAGCUGGUGGAGAGGGUGUCAUGUCAAGUGUUAUCAUGCAGUGUUUAAGAAUUGCUUCAGUUAAAGCUGCUGAUAUAACAAGCAAAAUAAAGAAUGAGGUUAACUCAUACACCUCUGCGAAGGCACUGCAGAAAGUAAAGCGUUUGCCAGCCUCAGCACUGAAAAAGGAUAAUGCUCCUGAUGUGGCUAUGAAGGAAAGUUCUGAUGGUGCAUUGGAAACUCAAAGUACAAAACCAUCCAGCGAUGGUCAGCAGAUAAACAAAGGUGAUGAUGAGGAUCAUCGAAAUAUAAAACGGAAUUCAUCCUUGACUGUGGACAGAACUGCUAAACAAAAACAAACAUCCAAAUUCAUUGGUGGUCCAUCAAAUUGGGAUCCAUACUCUAAAGGAGUUUCAUUAAGCUCCCUCAGAAUUUCUCAAUUGCCUGAACCACCAUCUGUGGUUGAGGACAACAAGCAGGAGGAUGUUGAACCAAUGUUAUCUGAAUGUAAUCCUGAGCCGCAAAGUGAAUCAAGGUUGACUGCUGGAGGGUCAGAUGAGACGCAGGAAGCUAUAUCGCCAAAGAGUCUAAAAGACGCUGUCAAGCCAAAACACAAAAUAAAGAAAAAACAACACAGCAAGAGUUAAAUUUCAUGUAACUUAUAGGCCUGUCAGUGUUAGAUAGCGCAAUGUUUGUGGGCAUGGUUGGCAAAAUUCCGUUGUUCUCUUGAUGGUGUACAUGCUAGAUUAUACAGCACGAUGUAUUUUCAUGAGAUUCAAAUCAACGUGGAAGGUUUCUAUCAUUUUUAGUUCCUCUAUUUUUUUGUGGAAGCCUUCACUACCACCAUUUGUUAUGAUGUUGAUUGUUUCUGCAGUCAAUGUCUGAACAUCUCUGUAACACCUAGCCAAGCUUUCCUGACUGAAAAGAUCCCUUCACCAUAGCACCAUGAGUUGAGUUUCUUCUUCUGAUGUUUUGUGUAAUUGUGCGCCUUCGUUGUGACGAAUGCUAGCCGCAAAAAUUGAAAAGUUUUGUACAAGCUGUAGAACGCCCAUUUUCCAGAAAUGGAUCCUAGUUAAUUUUCAA